AUGUGCGAUACGACGUUUCCGGCCAACUCCGCACCUAAUCGACGCUGGCGAGGCGCCACGUCAACUCUUCGAUUGCCCGCAGGGCUACUAGGAACUCUUAUUCUACCAUUAAUCCUCGUCGCAUCUAAGGGACUUCCGGGCUUCCCUGGCAGCGGCGGCGGCGGCGGCGGCGGUGGCGGCGGCGGUGGAGGCGGAGGCGGAGGCGGAAGCGGGGGCGGAGGCGGAGGCGGGCAGCGGGAUGUGAAUAUGACGGAGUUGCAGCAGAAACUGAUCGCUGUUCCUUUCAGUGGGUCUCUGAUCCACGUGGCCUCCUCCCUGCACGCCCACGUGUCCAACGACCCCCCAUAUCCACAUGUUCCUUCCCCUCACGUCUGGGAGGUGCACGGCACACUGUCUGGAGCGAAUGUGGUUGGCAGCGCGGGCGACCGCGGGGCCUCGGGCAAAGUGACGUUUGUAAUAAUCAAAUCAGGAGCAGAUCUCAACAUCCGCUACCAAGUCACGGUCAGCCAGCUCAGCACGUCAGAGAAGCCCACGUCAGCAUCCCUCCACGUGGCAGCCGCCACAGCCAACGGCCGGCAAACCAUCGUGAAAGCCAUUGUCACCACCAACGUGCAACACCUUCCUUUCUCACUCGCGUCUCCCUCCCUCUUUCCUCUCCCACCUCCUUCUCUCUCGCACCCCCUUCCCUCCCCCACCCCCUUCCCUCUCCCGCCCCCUUCCCUCUUUCAUCCCCUUCCCAACACCUCCUCUCAUCCCAUUCUCCCUGACUCCCUUAUGAGCCCCUCUCAUCCCCCUUCCACCUCCUGUUCACACUCCCUCCUUCCCCGCGACAUGUCAUCUAAUUUCAGCCCUUCCACCUCUCCACUCCCUUCCCCAUUCUCUCCUUCUUCUUCCCCUUCCUUUCCUCUCUCAGAACCCUUUUCCUUCCACCACCCCUUUCCCUCCACGUCUGCUUCACCACACCCUUCAAAGCCGCACACUCGCUCUUCACCCUCUUCCUCUCUCUCCCAUUUCCCAAGUGCUCACCGUCCCCUGAAUCUAUGCCUUCCUGCCUCCGUUGACGUGCGCGAGAUUCUCACAUUCUCUUUCACGUCCCUCUCUCCGCUUUCAUCCCCGUCCUCUCCCUUCCCCCCUCCCCCCUCCUUCCCAGAUGCCCUCAUCCUUCUAUGUGCUCGUCACCACGGCCGCCUUCCUCAAGGGCCCCAUCAGAGCCCAGCUGCAUUCUCACCCCCGCCUCCCUCCAUUCCACCUUCUCUUCCCCCCCCCCCCUCGCAGAUGCCCUCCUCAUUCUACGUGCUCGUCACCACACCCGCCUUCCCCAAGGGCGCCCUCAGAGCCCAGCUCGAGGCAUCCCUGUUCACUAAGCUCGCAGGCUGUAGCAGGGGGUUUGGGUGCUAA